GCGCUCGGGUCGAAAUCGGUGCUUGAAGAUUCGGUUCAAACGUGCGAAGGAAAGAACUGCGGGAACUGUUCGCGGUUCUACACCAAUCUUACCUGAUCAGUUUCUAUCCCUCUGUCAAAAUUUCGUCCCUAAACAUGACGAGGUCUAAUAUUGAACUAGGAGAUGUAACGCCACACAAUUUAAAACAACUGCGAAAACUGAAUCAAGUGGUUUUCCCUGUUAUAUACAAUGACAAGUUUUAUCGGGACGUGCUGGAAGCUGGAGAGCUUGCUAAACUAGCUUACUACAAUGAUAUUGUUGUUGGUGCUGUUUGCUGUAGAGUGGAUACUUCUGAGAAAACCCGACGCCUGUACAUCAUGACUCUCGGAUGUCUUUAUCCUUACCGGAGAUUGGGCAUUGGCACAGUAAUGUUUAACCAUAUUCACAACCUUGUUGAACAGGAUGGAAAUUUCAGUAGCAUUUAUCUCCAUGUGCAAGUAUGUAACGAAGGUGCUCUCAAGUUCUAUCAAAAGCUAGGAUUUGAAAUAGUUGAGACUAAAGAGAGUUAUUACAAGAGAAUUGAGCCAGCAGAUGCAUACGUGCUCGAGAAAAGGUUGAGGCCAAAGAUUGUGAAUGGUGAUACUGCUCUCCACAAUGGAGACAAAAAAGAGGGUGAGAAAGAGAAAUGAGCUUCUAGUUUGUUUUUUUUUUUCCUCCCGGUUUUGAAAGUGAUUUGCAUGUUUGGAACUGGUUAGUUUGGUGUCCAGGACAUGUUGAAUACCAUCAACUGCAUCCAAACUACUCAUGGAAUUCUCUUAUCAUUUAACUGGUGCUUCAAAAGUAGACCAAGAAAAUUUUCAUAUAGUUCUGCAUCCAAAAUUGUGAUAUGUGGAUAAUUACUAUUGUCCCGCUCAACUGUACCAACUUUCUAGCUUUUUCGUACAUGUAAUUUUGUAGCAUCAGUCUUAUCACCUUGGCCAUUCUCUGUUGAAGCAUUGUAAUUUUAGAGUGGUCCAUUAUUAAACUUAGAACUGAAAAUGACAGCAUUCUCAGUAUGAGCAAACGAAUUUGCAUUGACUGUGCCCUCUCCCUGCCCAGGUAAAUUGUGAUUUAAGCUUCUAUUGACAGUUUUUUAAAAAUUGAUUGUACUUUGGAAGGAAAGCAAAUUUUAACUCUUGGUCUUUGUGGAAAAUUCCGUUCUCUUCUAAGUUCAUGAAAUUUUUCAUUUUCGAUACAUGUUUUCAAAUUGGAGCUCUUAUUUGUGUUAUCUGUUGUAUCUAUUAAUCUGAUUUUCUGCCUAUCCAAAAAAAAAUUAAACUUAUACAACUUG